AUGCGCCAUCGACUCACCAAACGGGCGUGCGAUGAGUGUAUCUCCCGCAAGGUGAAGUGCAGCGGGGCCUGGCCCUGCGAUACCUGCCAGAACGCUCCCAAGCAGGUCAACUGCACCUAUCUGAAACCUGCCCGAAGGAGGGGCCCCAAGGUCCGUCGCUACUCGGGUGGUCCGGGGCACCCGACGGUCGAUCCUUUGGCGGCUUCGUCUGUCGAUCAUCAUGAUGAGGUGCGUGUUACAAGCGUGGAGGGAGGGUCUGCGCCGAGGGACGACCAGGAAUGUGCUCCCGCAAUCCCUAUGGGUCCCUUAGCGUUGGUUGUGCGUCUGUAUCAGGAGGCCUCGUAUAGUGUAUGGCCGGUCGUCAACGCAGAGGUGCUUUUGGAGAAACUUGAGGGUGGCACGCAUGAUGUCGGUUCAUUAUGUCUGGCUAUGGCGCUUUGCGCGGCCACCAUGGCACAGCUGGAGCUUGCACCUAUAACUGUGGAUGAUCGGGUUGUUGAUAGCGCAGCCAUGGCAUCGGAGUGUAUGAGGAUGCGUGAGGUGAACAAGUAUCGGGAGAAUCUUGAUAUGAGGGGCGUUCUGGUCUCGUUCUUCCUUCAUGUGUACCACGCCAAACUCAAUAAACGGAACUCGGCCAUGACGUUCAUCCAAGAGGCUGUUUCGGGGGCCAGGUUGUUGAAGUUGGAUGAGGGUGUAAGUGAUCAAGAUACACCUGAUAUUGUUGCUAAUAAGGAGAUUGUGUUUCUCCUGCUCUGGGUGUCUGAAAGAGGCUGGGCCAUGCAUGUUGGCCUGGAACCAUCGUAUAAAAGUCCCCUUCGGCUGCCAGAUGAGAUGAAUGUGGGCAGUAACGCGGAUGUGAAGGGCCUGCUCGAGUUGGCCAGGUUGUUCGCCACAUUUGACGGAUUUUCCUCCGCACGCAGGAACGCCGGUAGCAGCGAUCAGCCGGUCAUGACUGCAGAUGGUCUCGCGGAAACGGAAUCGGUUUUGUCAAUGCUAUCAUUCGGCCAAGGAGACCGACCCUCCACCCGUAUUGCAGACUACUGUAUCACGAAGGAAUGGAUGAGGACUAUCGUCUGGCAGGAAGCUCUGUCUCGGCAUUUACUCUCAUCCAAGUCCUACACCGAGCUCAUGACAUUCAAAUUCCCGGCUGUAGUCAGCCGCGAUCUGUUGAGGUCGUUACAAGGCUUCACCGAAUCCGACCUGUUGCCUUUGGGACGCGAUCAGCUCUUGAAGUGUUUCGAGAUUGCAAACUCACUUGCGGAUACUGUGCUGUUCACGCCCUCCGUUUCGGCCUACUCAGCUUUCCAGUUAGGGCCACAAGAUUUUCUGCAUGCGUUAUAUCAGAAGCUGCAGCCUUUUCUAGAACAGGAUACGAUGUUAAAAGCCAUACUGCAUACAAAGACAGCCGAUGCCCUAGUCAAGGCCCCUGCACGGUUGCUGAGCAUGGACUUUGGCCACUGGACACUUGACGAUGAAGAUAUCGCUCACGAAGUAGAAGAGCAUUCGGACUCGCCUGAACAGUAUACCGAUCCGCAGUGGAUACUCUAUGAGGAUCGAUUCGAUGAAUGCAUUUGA